UCAUCUUCUCAUACACCAAACAACAAUGAAGCUUCAUACGCUUAUUGUCUUAGCCUUUGCCUUCGUUUUGGGAGGCGCAGCAGAGCAAUGUGGGCGGCAGGCCAAUGGCGCUCUCUGCCCCAAUCGCCUCUGCUGCAGCCAGUUUGGAUGGUGCGGCAACACCGACGAGUAUUGUAAAAACAAUUGCCAGAGCCAGUGUGGCGGCUCCACUCCUUCUACACCCCCCAGUACUGGCGGCAGCGGCGUCGGAGGUAUCAUCAGUGAAGCCCUCUACAAUCAAAUGCUCAAGUAUAGCAAGGAUCCUCGAUGCCCCAGUAAUGGAUUCUAUAGAUAUAAUGCUUUCAUUACUGCCGCUCAAUCCUUCUCUGGCUUUGGUACCACCGGAGAUGCCGCUACUCGUAAACGGGAGCUCGCUGCUUUCUUCGGCCAAACUUCUCAUGAA